AUGACCAACCACUCAGCAGGGAUGGAAUUCUUCCUCGUGGCAUUCUCAGACACCAGAGAGCUGCAGGUUUUACAUGGCUUUCUGUUUUUGCUUAUUUACCUGGUGACCCUUAUGGGGAAUCUUCUCAUUAUUGUCCUGGUCACUCUGGAUCAGUGUCUUCACACCUCCAUGUACUUCUUCCUGAAGAACUUAUCACUUUUUGAUGCCUGCCUCAUUUCCAUCACACUUCCAAAAUUUAUCCUGAACUCUUUAUCCCACAGAAAUAUCAUUUCCUUCUCAGAAUGCAUGUUACAGGUGUUGCUGGUGAUCCACUUUGGAGUAUCUGAGCUUUUCCUUCUAAUUGCCAUGUCCUAUGACCCUAUGUGGCCAUCUUGUCACCCAUUGCACUAUGAUGUCAUCAUGAACAGGAGAGUCUGUGUGAGCAUGACAGCUGCAUCCUGGUUUCUUGGGAGUAUUUUUGGAGUCUUAUACUCAGCCGGCACAUUCUCUUUAUCUUUCUGUGGCUCCAGAAAAUUUUCUCAGUUUUUCUGUGAUGUCCCCUCCCUACUGAAGAUCUCUUGCUCAAAGGCUCAUGUCACUAUUGAUAUUAGCGAGGUAAUAGGGGUUAUGUAUGCAUUUUUUAGUUUGUUGUCCAUUGGAUUUUCAUACAUUUGCAUUUUCAAUACAGUGCUGAGAAUGCCAUCAUUACAAGGUUGGUCAAAAGCCUUUUCCACUUGUACACCCCAUCUCAUAGUUGUCACAACAUAUAUUGUGACAGGCACCAUUGCCUAUCUGAAGCCAGUCCCUGAUUCCCUACAUCUUGUGGAUUUUUUGGUGUCUGUGUUCUAUUCCGUGUUGCCUCCAUCUUUGAACCCCAUAAUAUACAGCCUAAGGAACAAGGAAAUCAAGGCAGCUGUGAGGAGGUUUCUAUGGAAACUAAGUCAUUAUACAUUCUAUGGAGAAAAACAGUAG